GUUACACACCGCUUAUUACCCUUUCGUCUGUCGCUCACCGUGGCUGUGUUUAUUCUGUUCGUCCUAAAGUCACCAAACACGGAUAUUUCGGUAUGACAGGAAUGUGAGAGAACGCACAGUUUCACUAAAAUAGCAGAAUGACCGCGCCGCUCCGGUUUCUCUACGUCAGAGCGAGUUUCCUCUUGAAGGAAGGGUGGACGGUCCUUCACAUCUAGGCUGGCAAACUAAAGGUGCAGCAGACAGGCGCGCAACCGAAGAGAUAAUACGAAGUGUUGCCGACUGGAGAGCAUCAGAAACAAGCAAUGAACACAUAGGAAUUCUAUGAAAAAACUGUAGGCCUACACUGAAUCUGCAAGUGGACAUUAUCUGCAGGACUCAACACACCCUCCCAAACAGUCGCCUAAACAGACCACAAUAGCAUGACAGAAAACAGGAAAAAGCACCAAUUAUGCAAUUCAUAAACUGGAUUACAUACACACAUUAUAGGCUAAAUGUUGGAACAUGACUUCAGAAAUUAUAGAUUCUAAGAGAAAAGGCUUUUUGCACAAGGCCCUGACCACUAAAAACCAUUAGUCGUGCAUUACGUAGUGCAUGGCAGUUAAGGAAGCUUGGUGUGGUGGAUCAAUACAGUUGAGUGGUCAGAGUAAACUGGGCGAGGCAGUCGACACAAUACUGAACAAGUCAUCAUUCCCACUUACGAUCCCUACAAGACAGAGGUGUUUCUUCAGAUGGCGGUAAGAAAGACUAAAUGUUUAGAGUUUAUAUUCCUAAAAUACAAUAUAAUAUUAUAAGUGGAUGCAUCACGUUACAAUGUAAUUAAAUGUAUACAAACUGAGAAAAAUUGUUGUCUAUCACAACACCCUAAGAUGUGGGUAAAACAUUCUUCUAGUAGUGUAAUGGGAUUUUGUUUGAAUUAUUUGUUGCAGGCCUCAAACGAAGAUAUGUCAGAGCUGGAGGGUGGCAUGAUCAACAUCAUCAAAGUUUUCCACAAAUACUCGGGUAAAAAGUGCAAGCUGAAGAAGACAGAGCUUAAAGAGCUCAUCAACAAUGAGAUGAGUCAUUUCAUAAUGAAAAUUCACGAGAAUGACGUUUUGGAUCAGCUCUUUAUGGACCUCGACCAGAACAGAGACCUGGAGAUCGACUUCAAAGAGUUCAUCGGACUCAUUGCCAUGGUUACCUCAGCAUGUCAUGACCUCUUCAAUCCAAAAUAAAAAAAAAGUAUUAUUUAGCAUGUAAGCACAUUAAAAAAAAAAUCUUUACAGAA